AUGGAGGCGAGGCCGCCAGUGCCGCUACGGCUCAGUGUCGAGGAACGCGUGGAGCACGCGGUGUCCAGCGCGGUGCGGAGAGCGCUGGCGGAGCAGCGAAAGACACAAGAGGAGGAGCUGGACUCUCUCAGUGAUGUCCUGCAAAGGAGUCUUGCCGCGCUGGCGGGCGAGCGCGACCGGGCUCUCCGCUCGCUCGCCGCCGAGGAAGACAGAAGGCGAGACAUGAUCGAGGAGCUGACAAGCCUCCUCGGGGGGGAGCUUUCCUGCGGAGAUGUCUCUCGCUUGGCGAUGGGUCUCGAGCGCAUCGAGAGGGAGGCGGGGCCCGCCGCCGCCUCCGAGGAGGAGGGGGGCGGUGGACAGGAACGAGGAAGGGCGUGGGUGCUCGAGCGGGUGGAGCAGUUGGAGGCGCUGGCGCUGGAGGUGAGGCGGGGCGAGGGGAAGAAGAGGGCUGCUGCGGUGGCCCUGGCAGGCGUCGGGGAGGGGGGCGGCGCCGGGGAGGCCGUCGAGAGCGGGGAGCCGGCAGACGGCCUUGAUGAUGGUGGUGGUGGUGGUGGUGGUGGUGGUGGUGGUGGUGAUAGAGCGGUGGAGGGGGUAGGGGGUGCGGGGGCCUCCGCCUCCUCCGACGGGUCUUGGUCGUUCCCUUCGUGCAGCCAGGAAGGGACCGCCGAUCGAGCAGAAGAAGAAGCAGGGCGGCCUGCUGCCGGCUCCGUCGAGCCGGGCGGCGACGGCGCCGGCCCGUGCGCGGCGGAGGCGACUGCCGAAAGGGGAGGGACCGGCGCCGCGGCGACACGACCAGCAGACGAAGCAGCGGCGGACAAGCAAGCCCAAGAGCCCCGGGGGGGAGCUACUGCCGGGAGAACCGCGAGCAGCGGUGGCGCCGACGACGACGGCUGUCCCCUCCUCCCCGUCAAAGCAGACCACGCGUCUGAUGGCGGCGAGGGCACCAGCGGGCGCUUGGUCGCGGCGCCGGGCGGCGGGGAUGCCCAACCGCCUGCCGCGUCGUCGGAGCCGGGUGAGGUGGAGCGGUGGAGGGUGGCGGCUCGGAGGUCGGAAGCCUCGCUCGCGGACCUCCGCGAAACCCUCGGGAGUGUGCUGGCCCUGUCGUUCAUGUGCGGCGAGGAAAGCGCACGGCGCAGGGGGAAGGAGGAGGAAGCGGGUGGGGUUCGGCUCCCCACUGAGGGGGGGGUUGACAAGGAGGCCGGCUGCGGGGACCCCGACAGCGUGCUCGGAGUUGUGGCAGCGUUGGAGAGGGUCGGGGAUGCCGCUGCCGCUGCUGCUGAGAGCAGUGUUUCGGAAGAGGCAGUAGAAGGGACGGGGGGUACAAGUGUCGGCACGAGCCGCGGGCGGGAAAGGUUCUCACCGGGCGAAGCAAAGGCGUCGGCAGUGGACGUUCUCUUGAAGAGGCUGGAGGCGCUGUCCGUCGAUCAGGGGGGCGACAUCGCCCGGCUAGAGACCUCUCUGCAGGCCCUUCGCGGGUCUAGCGCUACACCAACGGCGGCCACCGCCGGCGCCGCCGGGGUGUCGAGCUUGGGGGAUAGCGGCCGGGUCGAUCUUGGGGGAAGCGCGCGGGAGGAAAGCGCACAGGCAGCGGCUGGAUUGAAGGCGGAAGACGUUUCGGACCCCAAAUUGCACUCACCGGCGGCUGCCGCUGCUGCUGUCGCGCCUAGAGGGGAAGGGGACCACGAGGGAGGGGUGUCGAAGGGGGAGGCGGGCCAAGGAGGGAGGGGAUCGCGCGAUGCUUCUCCGAAGCGGGAUAUACGGACGGAGUGGGAGGAGCUAGACGGGCUGGACACCCACCUGGGGCACUACCAGGGGGGCGGCGGGCUCGGCUCGCAGGCCGUCCAAGGCGUCCUCGACCGCUGGAUCGACGUACGGGAUGGCAUGGUGUCCGUGGUGCUACCGCUGUUGCUGGGACGAAGAGGUGUCCUUCUCCAGGUGCUGACACGCGAGCGGGUAGAGCUUGUCCACGAUGUCCAGAUCCGCGUGACCCCCGUGGCGGGGCGGCGAGACGCGCCGCCCAGCGCCAGAACCUCACUCGGCGGAGGAGGAGGCAGCCGGUGGAGGCCUGCGCCCCCGGUCGGGGAGAGGGAGCACGGGGCGAGGAUUCGCGACAUGGUCAUGAAGGCCGCCCACGUGGGGUACGUGGAGGAGGACGAGGGGGGCGGCGGCGGCGGCGGCGGCGGAGGGGACGGGGACGGCCAGGCGGCGUGGAGGACGCCGCUGGCCUCGGUCGACUCCCUCUCGAGACAGCUGAAGGACACGUGGGAGACCUUCAACGCCAACUUUGCGACCAUGGCUGGGGAGUCGAGGGAAGACGGCGGUGCCGCGGGGGGAGGGUGGGCGGGGGACUCGCGGGGCGGCGGGCCCCGCAUGCUGCUACCGGAGUACUGA